UUAAAAUAAAGGAAUCGAUUGAAGCUUUUCAUACUUGAGACAACAUAUAAUAACACAAACUUCCUCCACCUUUUUUUUUUCAAUAUGAAUAUUUAAUUUCAUCAAAUCAAAGAUGGGACAAACAACAUUAAAGUCCAAGCACAAUUUUGUUGCUAGUAGUAGCUUGAUGGAGUAUUUCCUUUAUACACUUUUCUUCUCCUCUUUGGUCAUAUUAAGCCAAAGAGUGAACUGAAGAGGAAAAACACACACAGAUAGCAAAAAUGGGCACAGAAAUAGAAGUUGAAGAGAACCUAAGAAAGGGUGGUCUUAGAACCAUGCCUUUCAUUAUUGUGAAUGAAUCAUUUGAGAGGCUGUCAAGUUAUGGUUUAGAACCAAACAUGAUUAUUUACUUGAUGACAUUUUAUCAUAUGAGUGCUGCCACAGGAAGUAGCAUUCUUGGAAUAUGGACUGCACUUUCAAAUGGUUUGGCAAUUUUAGGAGCCAUUAUUGCUGAUUCUUACUUGGGUAGGUUCAGGGUUGUUGCAAUUGGAUCCUUCUUCAGCCUUACAGGAAUGAUUAUUCUUUGGCUCACUGCCAUGAUUCCACAACUCAAAUCUUCACCCUGCUCUCAGUUCCAACAUGUUUGUAAUGGACCAACAUCUGUUCAACUUGCUGUUCUAUUUUCAUCUUUUGGGUGUAUCUCCCUUGGAGCUGGUUUUAUUAGACCUUGUUCUAUAAUAUUUGGUGCUGAUCAAUUGGACAAAAAAGAGAACCCUGAGAACCAGAGGCUUAUUGAUAGCUAUUUCAACUGGUACUAUGCUAGUAUAGGGAUUUCAAGUAUUCUUGCAGUUACUGCUGUCAUUUAUAUCCAAGAUUGUUAUGGUUGGCAAGUCGGCUUUGGCAUCCCUGUUAUCCUCAUGUUUUUGUCUGUCUUGAUGUUCCUAAUGGGGUCUCCCUUUUAUAUCAAAGUGAAAGCUAAAAAAAGCUUGUUCAUAGGAUUGCUUCAAGCAGUUGUAGCAGCUUUUGGAAAAAGAAAUACCAGUCUUCCAUCAACUAAUUGUGAUGGCUGCUAUCGUCAGCCACAUGAAUCAGAGAUCUUGGCACCGUCAAAUGACUUCAGGUGUUUAAAUAGAUCUUGCAUGAUUCAAGAUCCUCAAAGAGAUCUGAAUCCAGACGGAUCAGCUUCAAAUCCGUGGAGUCUCUGCAGUGUGGAACAGUUAGAAUCAUUGAAGGCUCUUCUCCGAGUACUUCCAAUGUGGUCGACUGGUAUUAUGCUCUUUCUGACCACGCGUCAAUUCUCAUUUUCCGUACUGCAAGCAAAAACCAUGGAUAGACAUAUCUUCCCUCAGUUCGAAGUACCAGCAGCAUCAUUUAGUGUGUUCAUGGUCAUUGCAAUGACAAUCUGGAUUAUCUUCUACGAUCGUGUGUUGAUGCCUUUACUAUCAAAAUAUACUGGACGGCCAAGAGGGCUAAGCCCUGUCAUCCGAAUGGGGUUUGGCUUAAUUGUCUCCUGUAUGUCUAUGGCAUUGUCAGCAAUAACUGAAAGCAUAAGACGACAAAGGGUAACAGAGGAAGGGCAUAAGGACGACCCAAGUGCUUUAGUGAACAUGUCCGCUAUGUGGCUCGUGCCACAGUAUGUCGUACUUGGAGUGGCUCAGGGUGCGCAUUCAGUUGGACAUAUCGAGUUCUUCUACUCUCUGUUACCAAAAAGCAUGUCCAGCAUUGCAUCAGCUAUGUCCACAAUCGGGACUGCUGUGUCAUGUUUGGCUGCAAGUCUUCUGGUGAGUGGGGUAGAUUGGCUUUCAUCAACCGGAGGUAAAACGAGCUGGCUUUCGAGCAACAUCAAUAGAGGUCACCUGGAUUACUAUUUCUGGCUACUUACUUUUUUGAGUUCACUCAACUUCUUAUAUUUUCUAGUCAUCUGCCAGUAUUAUGAACCUGGCAAUGAUGGGAUCAGUAGCUUAUCUCACGAGGUAGAAGGGAAAGAAUGUGAUUAUAGGCUUUUACCUGAAUCUUGAUGAUAUAUUGUGAUGCAUUGUUGAAUAAUGCACCACUAAGAAUGUGAUUAUAGGCUUUUACCUGAAUCUUGAUGAUUUGUUGUACUCCAUUGUUGAAUAAUACACUACUAAGUUAGCCAA